UCACCAACUCGGCCAUGGUUCCGGCUACCGUUUGACAGUUUUUAACUUUUUAGUCUUUUUACUCGGUUUUUCCUUUAUUUGGUUGAAAUCGUUCUCGAUAUUUUGCCUGACGAUGCGAUUCAACGAACACCAACUUCAUUUAAUAAGCCAGGAAAAACCAGACUACGAGGACAGGCUCAGCUACAUCCAGCUUAACAGUAAUUCUCCUAAAAAUUUCAAAGAAAGAUGGUUUAGAUUAAAAUCAAAUAUGCUUUUUUAUUUCAAAUUUACCGUGUCAGGCCAAAUUGAAUGCAAGGCAGCCGGAGUCAUUAUUUUAGAAGGUUCGAAAUUAGAAUACGAAGAACAUGGUAGUGCUCCUUUUGCUUUUUCCUUGGUUUUUGCCGGAGAUUAUGAAAGAAGAUACAUCUUUUCUGCCAAGUCUGAAGAGGCUGUCGAAAAAUGGAUACACAAUUUACGUUUAGCAACAUAUGAAUAUAAAAGGAACCACCUGUUGGCUUUAAGGAAGUCCAUAGCUCUUAAACGUUGUGGCGCACCACCCCUACCACCCAGGAUUACAGGAUCUAACUGCAAAUCGACAUUUCCUGGAAAUUACCCUAAACAAAAUAGUUCAUUGCAUAAAGAAGAUUUAAUAAGUUUCAAUUGACAUGAUAGAUGGUUGAUAUUUGUUAUUUAUUUAUCAAAACCUUUAAUCUCUUGCAGGGCUUUACUGGUAAACUACAAAAACACAAUUCAGUGAGCUACUUACAAAAAAAAAAGAUAGGAACGUAAUGCAAAACAAAUUUGAUUAUGUUUAGGUUUUUUUAAAUUUUCUUAAUUUUAAUGUUUUGUUCUCAAUUGUAUAUUUCUAGCAAGUACAAGUUAAUGCAGUAAUAUUGAUUUAGCAAUAAGAUUAAUUCAAAUAAUCUGCAGUCUGGGUAAAAAGUGCUGUGAUUUUAAUUAAAAUUAUGAAUUUCUAAAUAGCCUUAAGCUAAAUUUAUUUCUGUCGGCAUGAUAAAUGUGUAUUAUAUUCUCAGGUGUUAAGUACACAUUUUUAAAAGCCAACGGAUGUAAAAGUACAUAGUAGUACAUAAUGUAUACUUGUCUUACAUUAACUUGCCAGUCCCAUAGAUUUUUUCUUAAAAAAAAAGUAUAAAUUGUAAUUUUUUUGUAUUUAUUAUGAAAUUCUUUUUGAAAUCUGUCGGGUUAUGAACCUGUAGCUUGGUCGUUUUUGAUUUUUUUGAUGAUCAGAAACAACCAAGCUACAAAUCGUGAAAUUUUCUCCAUGUUUAACUUAGUUUACAUCAAUUUGGAUUGUCACCAGUUUGAUGUAUAAUUCUGGAGAGCGGAAACAUUAAAAUAUUUUAUUUUAUUACUAUAACGACCUAAAUUGGAAUAAAUAUUUCAUUUGUUAUUUGUUAUGUUAAAUAUUUAAAUAUGUUUACUUGCAAACAUAAAAUUAUUAAAUGUGCAAAUUAAUUGUUACUAGGGGAAUUACUCUCGCCAAUUUUCUUGCCUACUUCAAUAUUGAAUUGUAUACUUGAUUCUCAUUUGUUACCCUCUUUAGCCAUAAGGUAUUACUUAAUGUUGUUUUUGUUAAUUCCUGUAGACUUAUCAUAUGUCUAUUUUUAUGUGUAUUUGCAUAUUGCUCAUUACUUUGUUAAAUCUUUUAGCAAAUGUAAAUAUCUUAAGAAAUGUAAAGGUCCACGCUUAAAAUAUUAUUUAUGACCUGUUUAAUUUUACAACAGUAUAAUAAUAUACAGAAGACUGGCAUUGUAUAUUUUUGCUUAGUUAUUGAGAAUUGAUGUGUUGUUAAUAGAAAGCACUAGUGACAAAAAAUAUUUUUAUAUGAAAACAAAUUUAAAUAAAUAAGUUUAAAUUA